UUUUGAGACCUCUACAAUUGCAAUGGUGAAGACGGUCGCUGACGACGACAUGAAGCUCUUGUGGACGCCGUCCAAAGAGCUGCUGGCCUCCUCCAACUGGACCAAGUUCACGGCCUUUGUCAACAAGAAGCAUCGCCUCAAGAUCACGACGGUCGCCGAGCUCUGGCAGUGGUCGGUCGACUACAUUUCGGACUUUUGGGCCGCGACGUGGGAGUACACGGGCAUGAUCGCGUCGACGCCGUACGCAAAGGUCAUUGACGACGAGAAGAAGAUGCCGGGCGCCAAGUUCUUUCCGGGCGCGCGCCUCAACUUUGCCGAGAACCUUUUGCGCUUCCGCGACGACCGGACUGCGAUCGUGUUCAAGUCGGAGACGAGCAACACGCCGAUCACGCUCACGUACAAGCAGCUCUACGCGCGCGUCGCGGCCUUGAGCCAGCGGCUGCGCGAGAUGAAGGUCGUUGCUGGCGACCGUGUCGUCGGCUACAUGCCCAACACGCCGGACGCGAUCGUCGCGAUGCUGGCGUCGACGAGCGUCGGCGCGGUCUGGUCGAGCUGCUCGCCCGACUUUGGCAAGAACGGCGUCCUCGAUCGCUUUGCGCAGAUCACGCCCAAGGUCAUGUUUACGACCGACGGGUACUUUUACAAGGGCAAGCGCAUCGACACGAUGCCGGGCCUGCGCGAGAUCUCGCAUGAGCUCCCGUCGCUCGAGCGUAUCGUCGUCUUCCGCUACACGAUCGCCGAGUCGUACGACCUCGAUCUGCACAGCAUCCCGCGCGCCGUGUACGCCGACAAGUUCAUCGCCGAGCUCCAAGCGCCGGCGAAGACCACGAUCGAGUUUGAGCAGCUGCCGUUCGACCACCCGGUCUACGUCAUGUACUCGUCCGGCACCACGGGCCUCCCCAAGUGCAUCGUGCAAGGCCCCGGCGUGCUCCUCAACCACCUCAAGGAGCACGUGCUGCACCUCAACAUUUCGCGCGACGACGUCGUCUUCUACUACACGACGACGGGCUGGAUGAUGUGGAACUGGCUCGUGAGCGGCCUCGCCGUCGGCGCCACGGUCGUCCUCUUUGACGGCAACCCGCUGUACCCGUCGACGGCCGCGCUCUGGAAGUUUGCCGAGGAAGUGGGCGUCACGGUCUUUGGCACGAGCGCGCGAUACCUCGCAGCGGUCAUGGACUCGCACUGCAAGCCCGGGAAGGAGUUUAACCUCUCGAAGCUCAAGAUGAUUGCGUCGACGGGGUCGCCGGCCAGCACCAACAUCUUCCGCUUUGUCUACUCGGAGAUCAAGAGCGACGUGCAGUUUGCGUCCAUUUCCGGCGGCACGGACCUCAACGGCUGCUUUGCGCUCGGCUGCACGAACCUGCCCGUGUACAACGGCGAGCUCCAGUGCCGCGGCCUCGGCCUCGACGUGCACAUCUUUAGCGACAACGGCGACAAGCUCUUGAAGGAGCAGGGCGAGCUCGUCUGCCUCAUGCCGUUCCCGUCCAUGCCGCUCUACUUUUACGGCGACACGGAUGGUUCCAAGUACUUUGGCGCGUAUUUCGACGUGUUUCCCAACGUGUGGCGCCACGGCGACUUUGCCGAAAUCACGGCCAACGACGGCAUGGUGCUCUACGGGCGCUCGGACGCGACGCUCAACCCUGGCGGCGUCCGCAUCGGCACGGCCGACAUUUACAAGGUCGUCGAGCACAUCAAGGACGUGGCCGACUGCGUCAUCGUCGGCCAGGACUAUGUGCUCGCGGACGGCACGCCGGACGUCAAGAUCGUCCUCUUUGUCGUCAUGGCCGACGGCCUCGAGCUCACCAAGGAGCUCCAGAAGAAGAUUUGCAGCAAGAUCCGCGCCGAGAACUCGCCGCGCCACGUCCCCGGCCUCAUCGUCGCGUGCCCCGACAUCCCGUACACCGUGAGCGGCAAGAAGGUCGAGAUCGCCGUCAAGCGCAUCCUCGGCGGCAAGCCCAUCACGAACGCCAGCGCGCUCCGCAACCCCGAGUCGCUCGGCUGGUUUGAGGCGUACGCGGCCGACCACGCCAAGUAGUUUAUAGACCAACCAUGCAUGCG